GGGAUUAUGGAAGUAGAAAGAAACGGCCCCGUGCAGCCAAAAUGAAAACGGAAGAAGAAACAACUUCACCUCGAGCUGAUUCUCCUGAGGAGCUCCAGACCGCUGAUCUGUUUGAGGAAAUACAGAACUCACCAACUCCAUCACUGCAAGAGGAAGGAGAAUCGUUGACUGAAGAGGCGGCAACUGAAACCACAUUAAGCCCAAACAAAACAGCGUCACCGACGGGGGUCCUACAACCAAACAUGAGUCCCGUCGUGCUCCUGAAACACGUGUUCCUGCCCGCCGGGGGGUUCAAGUGUGAGCAGUGCAAUCAGAACUUCACUAAUGCACCACAGCUAAUAAAACACAAGGAGCUGCAUGAAGGACAAGUAGAGGAACAAGAAGAAGUAGAAGAAGAAGAAGAAGUAGAGGAACAAGAAGAAGUAGAGGAACAAGAAGAGGAAGAACAAAGUCAAGAAGAAGGAGAAGAAGAAGAAAGUCAAGAGGAGGAGAUUGAAGAAAACUCCUCCUUCAUCUGUGAGUCAUGUGGAAAGAUCUUCUUGGGUCAGUCUCUUUUCUCCGAGCACCAGUGUGAGCUGUCGUUCCCGUGCAACAUGUGCGACCGAGCGUUCGCUACGAGCCAAAACCUGAAGCGCCACAAACUGCAGCACGUCAGAGACGACAGGAAGUGCCGAGAGUGCGGCACCAUGUUCUGCAAACGCCACAAACAGACGGCCGUCGUGUCGGUCGCCGAGUCUGCUCCCGUGUGGGAAGAGGAAGCGUCCGUCGUCGGGAAGAAAAACGUAUAUCGUUCGAUGUCAGAAAGUGUCCGAACGGAGGCCGGUCCUCCCGCCUCACGCUUACCAAAGAUCCAUCCGAUGCUAAUACCUGUACCCCUGUCAUUAGCCCCCCCGCCGGUCGCCUGGGUGAAGCCACGGCCGUGCGACGGUCUUCAACUCUCAAUCAAACCUCUCCCCCCUCCCCCGCCUCCGCUCAGACCCUCUCUGCAGCUCUUCUCUCCACGCUUCCUCACCUCGGCGCUCCUACAGGUGGACAGAGACUACGACUACUUGUUGAGCAAACCCAUGGCGGUAAAGAAGAACGUUGUGAAGCAGGAACCGCGGGAGCUGCCUCUGGUUUCCCCCGCAGAGAUAAGCGUUGAAGACAAUAAGAAAGAGCGAACUGCCUACGACAUGGAGUUUCUGAUCUAAAUCUGUG